AAGGUCAAGAUGGAUAAGGGUAUUUUCCAGAUGAUCUCGUGCGGAAACUCGCACCGAAGUUUUCGUGGUCAUCUCUCUGUCAUCUCCCUCGUUUGUCUUCGUCUUCCACGUUCAAUCGCCUCAUCAUUUUCAGGCCUCGACUAAAUUUUUGUUGUUCGGUUCCAAUUCUUCAAAACUGGAAGAGGCACCGCCCCGCACCGUCAUGGCCCUCCGACGACCACCGCCCCAAUUUCAACCACCAGUUUGAUCCUUAUGUUCAAUACCCCAAUCACCAUCCCGGACACCCUUUUGGCCAGCCCAAUUAUCCCCCACAGUACUCGCAUCAUCCGCCACACCGCCGCAGCACCAGCCUCCGUUCCAGCACCCGCCACCGCACCAACAACCGUAUCAGCACCAGCAGAAUAACUGGAACCAUCCGGAGUUCCACAAUCAUCCCCCGGAUUAUCGUCGAUGAGUGAGGGGUUUGGAAACGGCGGUUUGAGGCCGAAUUGUGGGAAUCAGAAUGCAAAUUUGGGGCGUAAAAGGCCUAGAAUCCAUUCCGACAGAACGGUUCCUGCAGAUCAUGCUGAGGCUAGUGGCCUCGUGAGAUUGUAUGUUGCACAAGUUCCCCGAACAGGAACCGAAGAAGCUAUUCGUCCUUUGUUUGAAGUCCAUGGAGAUAUUGUCAAGAUUGUAAUAUUAAGGGAUAAGACAACUGGUCAACAGAAAGGUAGUUGCUUUGUGAAAUACGCUACCUCGGUUGAAGCAGACAGGGCAAUCAGUGCUUUGGACAAUCAGUAUACUUUUCCUGGAGAACUGACACCUAUGAAUGUGAAAUAUGCUGAUAGUGAAAGAGACCGCCUUGAGGCAACAACAUUUCAGGCAGUCCGAGAUUCAGUCAUCCUCCACUGUUUAGGACUACCAAGGAAUGCUUCACAAGCGACAUCCCAUGCCCCUUUGGCUCCUAAUGCCAUACAGAAACCACAACCCCCCCAAAUACAAGAACCUCAUCAUCUUUUGCUCAAAUUUCAUCUCAACCAAUGCAAGAAACACAGAAAGUUUGUCAGCCUCCAAUGCAGACUGAUUUUUCUAAGAUGCAGAAUCAGGAGCGUUGUCAACAGCCCUGGUAAGAUUCAUAUCUGCAGCAGAAUUUACAGGUUCAUGAGAAUACGCCUCCUAGUGCACGUGGCGUUCAAACCUCUAGUGGUACUCCCAAACCACCUCGGAGGCGUCCAAGCUCUCGGGUAGAAGUUCCUUUGGAGUGUGAUUGGAGUGAACACAGCUGCCCAGACGGUUUCAAAUACUAUUAUAACUGUAUCACCUAACCUAUGAAAGUCUGUGGGAGAAACCAGAGGAGUUUGUCUUGUUUGAGCAACAAUUGAAGCAGGAAAAGCUUAAAAAAUCGAACCAUCAGCUUCAUUCUUCAUUAGCAGGUCUCUCAUCUCCAGAAGUGCUGCCUCAGCCAAAUCUCUUGAGUCAAAAACUUGAAGUCCAAUCUUCCUCAGCUGUACGAGAGUUGGAUUGUAUGCUGACUUCAAUCCAAAGCAAGUCCUGUUGUAAUUCCAGCCUGUGUUUAACAAUGUUGUCUAAGUUAUUAGGAAGGUUAAUUAAGAGAGUUCAUCAUGUUGGCAACGAACAUUGACCCUUUAAUGUCUAGUCAUUACAAUGUGAAUUAGGAUUGUAACUGAGACUACAUGUUAGCUGCUCGACUCGCAACUUAGACGUUUGGAUUGCUCGUGUAAAGCUGGUGUUCCUUGUAGUCUAUCAACUAUUUAUCCUGCAAACUCUUGGUGUAGUAUAUGGAUCACCAAAAAGUAUUUUGUUCCUCUCUCCAACCGAUGUGGGAUCUCACAUGUACGAGAUUAAAGGAUAUCAUAAAUUUAGUGUACUUGAGAUAUGCAUCGAACUUCUGUCGAUAAGUUGAGAGUAUUCAUUAGGUCAACUUGCUCUGUAUAUAUCUUUUUAUUAAGACGUUUUCAAAUUUGGUUAAUCAUAGUUUAGUGGUCUGCAGGUGCCUACAAUAGUAGACAGACAAUUGGGUAUGGAGGUUGGUUCCCAUCAACUGUUAUGGAGUAAUUUGUAAUAAGAAUUUAAUUCCUG